AUGACAUUACUGCAGAGCCAGGGGAUUGAAAAGUUUGAUAUCCAGCUAAACAGCUCCUACCUUAAGGCUCUGGAUGGCUUCCUCAUUGUGCUGUCUGAAGAUGGAGAUAUCAUUUAUCUCUCUGAAAAUGUCAACAAAUGCCUCGGGCUGUCACAGGAAGUCAAAUUUCACCUGCUGUAUAUCAGCAUGGAAGAAACCAUCUCUCCCCAGGUUCUCCACUGCUCAGGUCAUGUUCGUGUGUAUGACACCAAAACUGAAGAGACCGCUAACGGACUCAAGGAGCCACCUGUCCCCUACCUGGUUUUGAUCUGUGACCCCGUCCCCCACCCCUCCAACAUCGAGGUCCCCCUGGACACAAAGACCUUUCUCAGCGGCCACACGAUGGACAUGAAGUUCACUUAUUGUGAUGAGAGGAUCACUGAGCUCAUGGUGUUUGCAAAGGGGCAGGUCAGCACAGGACAAUACUGGAUGUUGGCUAAGAGAGGAGGCUUUGUGUGGGUGGAAACCCAAGCCACUGUCAUCUACAACAACAAGAACUCCCAACCACAGUGUGUUGUCUGUGUCAACUUUGUGCUCAGUGGUAUCCAGGAGGAGAAACUGAUCUUGUCUCUGGAGCAGACUGAGGAUGAGAUACUGCUGAAGAAGGAGCAGAAGCGACAGGAGAAGGAAGAAAAGGUUGUAGUGGAGAGCAUCCUGCCUGACAUGUCAACAACCUUGCUGAAGGAGGACGAAGAGGUCGAGGAGGUGGAGGAGGAGGAGCAGGUCGAGGUGGAGGAGGCAGCGGAGAAAGGCCCAGAGCUGGAUGUGAUCAAACUCUUCACCCAGGCGUCCAAGGCUCGGCCACUGGCGAGCCUGUACGACCAGCUGAAGGAAAAGCCUGAGGCCCUCACCCUGCUGGCCCCGGCUGCUGGAGACACAAUCAUCUCCCUGGACUUUAGCUGCCCUGGUCCGUGGCUAAACUCCCCGCAUCAUAAACCAAGAGUUUAUAUAACUCGCCACUAUCACUGCUAA